AGGGCUCUGAGUGAAGGGAACGUUCCUACUAUGAAUAUCAGCAGCAGCAUCACCCCCGUUAUCUCCACCACUAUCACCACAACUGUCACUACCAUCGCCUACACCACAAUAUCAGAGGACAGUAUCUACUGGCCACCAAAAAUGACACUCCUUCCAGGAAACACCAGGUAGUUGAGCUACAGGUCAAGCGGCGUAACCAGGGGGUUGGGUUCACGGGGGCGCCCGCUAGGGCACACGGUCUUGGGAGGCAUAAAACAUUUCUUUUAAAUUCGUAUUUAUUUCAGCAAAGAUAUUCAUGGAUAUGGACUUAAUAAUUUGUGGGGUGAAAAGAGGGGCUGGGGGGGGGGGGGUAGCUUUAACAAUUGGCGUACCGGGGAAUGGGGGUAAAUAUAUUACCAAUAUUAUUUGAUAGUCAGUGUGGGGAAUCAUUUUUGGGAGUUGACCUCGGGCGACAUUUUAAUUUUCAGGGUCAUCUCAGGCCAAACCAUGUCUUGAUCAGUUUGGCAAUACUGGGAGACUCAUACCAGCAUAAACGUUAAAAGCCCGAUCAAAAGCCGCGAAGACUUAGAAUGUGUCUGUUCAUGUUUAGUCUCGGGCCUUUUGGCAUACAUUUUUAUAGUCAUAUAAGUUAAAUUAUCAUUGCGAUAUAGUAAAUAGAAGUGGUUGGGACCAUACAAGGAUGAAUCUGAAAACACUUUUACUUGCAAUUUGCGGUCUCUAAAUUACUCCUAUCUAAGCCUGGUCAGGUUGGCUGACACACACAUACAUAUAUAUCAAUGGGGGGGGGGGUUAACACUAAAAUCCUUCAUUGGAUUCUCUUCGUGGGAGCGAGGCGCUGCUCUCUCUCUCUCUCUGCUACCCCUUAUCCAAAAUAAAACUUGAUGCCAUUGAUGUAUAGAUCCAGAACUUUUUUUUAAACGUGUGAAUAUAUUUUAUAUUUUUUGAAAACUAUACUAUUUGUUUUAUUUGUUUCCAUUCUAUGAUUAUGUCUUUUAUUAUUUCCUCAGGAGUGCGCUGAUGCGUGCUUUGCUCCUGAACUUUCCUUCCUACUCGUUACGAGUGUCCAUGGUUCUACUUCUCGUACUGGCCACACUCGUUCUAUACCACAUGCUCAAUCAUGUUCUCAAGUAAGUGGUCUAAUGGCUUGUGUUAAGCUCCAUACACUGACAUAUGAAGGGGAGGGGGGCAGAGUGGUGGUCUCGCCCGGGUUCAGUGGGGUUUUUUAUGCAUCUUUCCGGGUGUCCACCAAUGUUCCCUCUAAGGUUUGUUGGUUCGUGUGCAAAAUCAUACAGUUGUGUGCAAAGUUUUACAGCUCCAAUUUUUUUGUGCUCAAAAUUUUACAGCCCAUAAACACCAACACACACUUAAAUGAAAAUUUGCUGCACAAAUACUCAAAACUGCUACGCGGCGUCUGUGAGAUUGCUGCGCAGUCGCGCAGCUUAAAGCGAACAUUGGUGUCCACCCCCAGUGACUCAAGUACCCCCCCCCCCCGAGAAUAAUGUGUAUAAAAAAGCGAAAAUGUAUUGUAUAAAAAAUCGAAUAAAUUGUCAUUUGUAUACCAUUUUUAAAAAGAAUAGUAACUGAUGCAUUGAACCGAUUAAAAUUAGUCAGUUUUAGUGGAGCUAAUUUGUUCUUAUUGCAGUUAUUGUGUAUGAGGCUUGAAUGAUGGUAAAACCCAUGCCGAUGAUUUUAGCUAUUCAGCCGUGAGAAAGCUGCUCCAAGACAACCGUUUCGUCCCAACCGAAAGACUCCUUUGGCGGUGGGAGGUUGGUAAUGCCACAUCAUUUCCCCCGGAGUUGAAGCAAACCGGCCCAAACCCACAAGGAGAGUCGGCUGCAAACGGUUUAAACGCAACGUCUUCGGUCGACCGGGCGGGGAGUAUUAAGAGCUCACGCUCGACCGCCCACCGCCACAGUUUUCCCAAUGUGGCGCAUUUAUUGGAACUAAUGAAAUAUCGAUGCGCUCAAUAUAUAUACAGACCUGUUUACCCCAUAAGCUUUCGCCGUAGUAACUACAUUUUUAGGCGUAAGACUGCGGCACUAAGCGAGCCUUAAAAACUAUGGUUUCGGGAGUUUUUUUUUUAAAGUCUUGGUUUAAUUUUUAAAAAUAAAAUAAUUGGCGUGCUUUCAGCAAAAAGUUACCGUAUAUUUUGUGUUAAUGCCGUAAGUAAUCAAAUAAGAAUAAUUGUGAUUGGCCUUUGUGGCCUUGGAUCUCAAUAGACCAACCAGAAAAUUAUAUUUUAGAGAAUAGCAUUGUUAAGACUUAACUGCCAAUGUGCUUGCCUGAGAUCUUUUCACAUCCUUAAGACACAAGCACAGGACAUUAUCCUGUAUAAUUAUUUGUGUUUACUGAUUUAUGCAGUUUAUGCAGGACUUCCUUACACAACUUGUAUUUUGAUUGCAAACCAGCGCUUUUAUUUGAAAACCGCGCCCCCCCCCCCCCCCCCCCCACACCUUAUUGACCAAACUACUCUUUGGAGCUUGAAACUACGUGUUUGAGAGCUGAAAACUAUGCCGACACUAACCCAGGGGUAAACAGGUCUGUAUUUUAUGAUGAUCCGUGCUCUGGAGGAAGUUGUCUAACACGCUUUGUGUUACGAUCCCUUUCACAAUACUCCUUCUAUUUCACAUACCCAAUUGCCUUUAUUGAGUCUAAUGCCAAAUGCCUUCUAUUAUGCUAGUUCUUUAUCAAUCUUGUUCUUGGAGACUUUUCUAAAUGCAGUGUUUUGUCUCUAGGCUGAUAAUGGAUGUGAGGAGAAUGGCCAUGGAGCUCAGUCAAGCAAGUGUCAAGCUCAAUACCAUGAGGCCAGAAUCCCACGCGAUGAUGGGAAAGCCCGACUCUCCGGUCGACCGCCCACCCUCUAGAACUGGACCCAGCGAAAUCGAACUUCCGUGAUGGAGUUUACCGUCGUAGAUCGGGAUACGUCGAUGAUUUUGAGGGCGAAUGUCGCUAAACAGUUCCUGGGUAUACUACAAUGAUUUUGAGAGCGAACGUCGCUAACAAUUCCUGGGCUAUCGCUGCUCAA